AUGGCCUCACCACUGCAAAUCUUAUCCUCCCGCGGCCUCCCGUUGAGCUCCUUUUGUAGCUUGAACAAGCCAAAGUUGGAAUCAAGCUCCACCUGGGAUAUGACUGGUUACGGCUGCCACAGCAAGGUCUACAACCCAGGCAAGAGCAACUCCACAACUGGCCAACCCGUGCUCGCCCACGCUUCCCUGCUUCAAGCACCUUACGAGCAGACCGUCAUCUUCCCCACCAGUGCAGGUCACAUUGUGGUGACCUCGUCCAGCAGUGGGUCCUCAGCAGCAGCGAGCGCUCAGUCGCUCGGUGGCCCUCAGACCAACCUGAUGAGAGGCGCAGCACUGUCAGCCUUCUGGACACAUACCAGAAGUGUGGGCUGAAGAGGAAGUGUGAGGAGCUAGAUAACGGCAGCGUCCAGAUUGUAGACGAACACCCUCCCAUGACCCAGAACAAUGCCAGCGGGGCCACAGCUGCCACAACCUCUACAGCCACCUCCAAGAACAGUGGCUCCAAUAGCGAAGGAGACUACCAACUGGUACAGCAUGAGGUCCUCUGCUCCAUGACAAACACCUACGAGGUUCUGGAGUUCCUGGGCAGGGGCACCUUCGGGCAGGUGGUCAAGUGCUGGAAAAGGGGCACCAAUGAAAUAGUGGCAAUCAAGAUCUUAAAGAACCACCCCUCCUAUGCCAGGCAAGGGCAGAUCGAGGUCAGCAUCUUGGCGCGGCUCAGUACGGAGAGUGCAGAUGAUUUCAACUUCGUGAGGGCGUAUGAGUGUUUCCAGCACAAGAAUCACACCUGCCUUGUCUUCGAGAUGUUGGAACAGAACCUGUAUGACUUCCUGAAGCAGAACAAGUUCAGUCCACUGCCUUUGAAGUACAUCAGGCCUGUGCUACAGCAGGUUGCCACUGCGCUCAUGAAGCUCAAGAGUUUGGGACUGAUCCAUGCGGACCUGAAACCAGAGAACAUCAUGCUGGUGGAUCCUUCCAGGCAGCCAUACAGGGUGAAGGUUAUAGACUUUGGUUCAGCAAGUCAUGUGUCUAAAGCUGUGUGUUCUACCUACCUGCAGUCCAGAUAUUACAGGGCUCCAGAGAUCAUACUCGGGUUGCCAUUUUGUGAAGCCAUUGACAUGUGGUCUCUGGGCUGUGUCAUCGCGGAGCUGUUCCUGGGGUGGCCUCUGUAUCCCGGAGCCUCUGAGUAUGACCAGAUCCGAUACAUCUCACAGACCCAAGGACUUCCCGCUGAAUAUCUCCUUAGUUCUGGAACCAAAACCACAAGGUUUUUCAAUCGUGAUGGUGACUCGCCUUAUCCACUGUGGAGACUAAAGACCCCAGAGGAUCACGAAUCAGAGACCGGCAUUAAAUCCAAAGAAGCUAGAAAGUACAUUUUUAACUGCUUGGAUGACAUGGCACAGGUGAACAUGACUUCAGAUCUAGAAGGCAGUGACAUGCUUGUAGAGAAGGCGGACAGACGAGAGUUCAUUGACCUGCUGAAGAAAAUGCUGACCAUCGAUGCGGAUAAGAGAAUAACCCCUAUCGAGACCCUCAACCAUCCGUUUGUCACCAUGACCCAUCUCCUGGAUUUUCCACACAGCUCUCAUGUAAAGUCCUGUUUCCAGAACAUGGAGAUCUGUAAGAGACGAGUGAACAUGUAUGACACUGUGAACCACAGCAAAACGCCCUUCAUCACGCAUGUGGCGCCCAGCACUUCCACUAACCUCACUAUGACCUUCAACAACCAUCUGAACACUGUGCACAGCCAGCCCACUGCUGCAUCCAUGGCAGCCGUUGCCCAGAGGAGCAUGCCCCUACAAACUGGAACCACACAGAUCUGUGCCCGUCCUGAUCCCUUUCAGCAGGCUCUCAUUGUCUGCCCGCCUGCCUUCCAAGGACUGCAGACAUCUCCUUCCAAACAUGGUGGCUACUCCGUGCGUAUGGAUAAUACUGUGCCGCUGGUAACGCAGACCGCUGGGGCCCAAGCCCUGCAGAUCCAGUCAGGACUCCUGACACAGGCUUGGCCAAGUGGCACUCAGCAGAUCCUUCUUCCACCGGCCUGGCAGCAGUUGGCAGGAGUGGCAGCCCACACAUCUGUCCAGCAUGCCACGGUCAUCCCAGACAGCAUGACGGGCACCCAGCAGCUGGCAGACUGGCGGAACAGCCAUGCCCACGGUGCCCACUACAACCCCAUUAUGCAGCAGCCGGCUCUCUUGGCUGGUCAUGUGACCCUACCCUCAGCCCAGCCCCUAAAUGUGGGCGUGGCUCAUGUCAUGAGACAACAGCCAACCAGUGCUUCCUCAUCCCGCAAAAAACAGCACCACUCCUCAACCAGGAACUCCUCUUCCUAUGAGGUUUCCUCCUCCCAAUCACACAACUCCCCCCAGCGCUCCAAACGGGUGAAGGAGAACACGCCUCCUCGCUGCUCUGUGCCACAGAGCUCCGCCCCCUGCGUCCCCUCCAUCACCUGCGGCUGGGGGGACAGUUCUGUGGCCCCAUCCCGUGUUGACCAUCUGCGUCAAACAAUCGUCAUCCCUGAUACGCCCAGCCCGGCCGUGAGCGUCAUCACUAUCAGCAGCGACACUGACGAGGAGGAGGAGCAGAAACAUGUUGCCCCCAGCAGCCUUCCCAAACAGCGCCGGAACGUUAUCAGCUGCGUCACCGUGCAUGACUCGCCUAUCUCAGACUCCUCGAGUAACACCAGCCCUUAUGCUGCCAAUGGACAGCGGCGAGCCGCCAACACGGCCACCCAUGAGAGCAAAUGCAAGCCGGAGGUUCCCUGCUCCACCAACCCCCGUAACAUCAUUGUGCCACCUCUGAAGACCCAGGCCAGUGAAGGACGCCUGGAAUGUGAGCGGCGACAGCCAGUAGAUACAACCAGCCACCAUUCAUAUAAACCCAAAUCCUCCACCUCCUCCUCUACUGUGGCUUCCAGCACACAUUCCUCCAGCAGCUUCGUCUCCACAGCUUCCUACCGCCAGUCCAGGACCCCGGACACUCGUUCCAGCAGCAGCCGCUCAAUCUCAGCCAGGUAUCUCAGCACAUGAACACCGAGCGUUCUGCCAGUCAUCGGAGACAGCAGGCCUACAUAGCACCCACGCUUGCCCAGGCACCAUAUUCUUUCCCACACAACAGCCCCAGCCAUGGGGCGGUACACCCUCACCUGGCAGCCACUGCCCACCUUCCCAGCCAACCUCACCUGUACACCUACACCGCUCCUGCUGCUCUUGGUUCCACAGGCACUGUCGCCCACCUGGUGGCAUCUCAAGGUUCUGCGCGUCACGCUGCUUAUUCCUGCCAGCAUUGUUCCGGUCAACAUGGCGCCACGACUGCUUCCGUCUCCCAGCCUCCAUCCUAGCCAGUAUCAGGCACAAUUCACCCAUCAAACUUAUAUCCCAGCUUCCCCCACUUCCACUGUAUACACUGGCUACCCUCUGAGUCCACCCAAAGUCAAUCAGUACCCCUACAUCUAA